AUGUCUUUACAAGAUAGUUCGACGGAACUUGUAUACACUAGUGAUGGACCUGUACGAGGUGUCACUAGCGAUGGCAUGCGAAAAUGGCUAGGAAUUCCAUAUGCAGCUCCUCCAGUUGGACAACUUCGUUGGAUGCCACCCGUCCCUCCGGAACCAUGGGCGAAACCCCAUGAAGCCACCAACUUUGGACCGAUCUGUGCCCAGGAGGAAGGAUCUUUUCCAGGCUUCGGCCACAACAGCCUUUCAGAAGAUUGCCUAUACCUCAACGUGUUUGCCCCAGAGUCCAAACAUGAAGCACUCCUACCAGUAAUGGUUUGGCUGCAUGGUGGCGGGCUAUUCCAAGGUGCAAGUAACGACUACAAUCCCCAAGCUCUUGUUCAGCAUGGCAAUGUCAUCGUUGUGUCACUCAACUACAGAGUCAACCUAUUCGGGUUCUUUUCUCAUCCAUCCAUCAACAAUGAAGGCCACGAGCACGGCAACUACGGAUUCAUGGAUCAGCAAGCCGCGCUGGAGUGGAUAAAGCACAACAUCGACAAGUUUGGCGGCGAUGCCAACAACGUCACGAUAUUCGGCGAAUCUGCGGGAGCGAUUUCCGUCUCAGCCCACCUUACCUCACCUGGUUCCAAGGGUCUUUUUCAUAAAGCUAUCAUUCAGAGCGGAGGGUCUCCUAUCACUUUUCCUCACCGAUCGGUUACAUCUUUUGAACAAAUUGGCGUGGCACUAGCCAAAGAGGCAGGCUGUGCUGAACAAACCAGCACCAACCUCCGGUCACUGUCGACAAAGCAGAUGGUGGACGCAAACUCUAUUGAAAAGGGGACAUUUGGCACAACAAAGUUCCCGUUUGGACUUAUGGAAGACGGUGUGGUUAUCCCUCACAACAUGAAGCAACGGUUUCUGGCGGGCAACUUCAAUCAUGUGCCUCUGAUCAUUGGCGUGACCAAGGACGAGUUUGCUUGGUUUCAGGGCAUGAUAGAACUGGCAACUGGAACAAUUGUCCCCAGAGACAGCUAUACUGCAAGUCUCAGAACCUUCCUUGAAGUUGCAGACAAAGCCGAGUUUCUAGGUGUGCAUCUUCCACCAAGUGCUUUUGACGAUGUACUACAGCGAUAUCCAAUGGACAAGUAUACCUACCCAGGGCGUGCCAUUGCUGCAGCCAUUGGCGACGCAGGAAUCAUCUCAACAUCAGGACGCCGCGCCGCCAGGGUCAUCAAGUCCCACGUUCAUGGAGUGUACACAUAUGAGUUUAGCGUUGACGAUGCGCCGGUGUCUUGGCCGGCCGCGAGCUUCCCAUACGGUUCUGCCCAUGCUCAAGAGCUUCAGUUUCUGUUUCCUGGGUUUCGGGGCGCUUCUGGCAAAGGACAAUCAUUGACGAAGGAGCAGGAAGAAUUGGCUGCAAAGAUGGUAUUAUAUUGGACAAACUUUGCGAGAACCGGCUCCCCGAGUUCGAAAGAUACUCAUGAUGUGGAUCUGCCGACUUGGACGGUCUAUGAUACGAAGCAGGAUAAUACUUUGUUACUACAGGCUCCUUUACCGAAAAUGGUGAGCAGCUGGGGACAGAGGCAUCACAUGGACUUUUGGGAUACAUUCUACGUGCAGUAG